CUUAUACUAGAAACCGGUUUCACACUUUCACUUCAUCGUAUGCUAAACCAGAAGAAAAACAUCAACUUAAAAUAAAAUUAAACCCCCAAAAAAACCUUCUUGUGUGCUCUCCAGCUAUUCUUUCCAAAUCCAUCGAUCACUUCUGUUCAAUGGAUCUACCAUUUCUGAUUCAAUCAAUUUGAGAUCUUGAAUCAGGUGGUGGGUUCAAUUCAAUCAGUCAACUUGAACUGUUGAGGAGUUGAAAGAUUCAAGGGUAUGAAGAUACCUUGUUGCACGGUUUGUCAGACAAGGUACAACGAAGAAGAUAGGUGUCCGUUGUUGCUUGAGUGCGGCCAUGGAUUCUGUAAAGAGUGUUUGUCCCGUAUGUUUUCAUCAGCACCAUCAGACACUACUCUUCCGUGUCCACGAUGUCGCCAAGUCUCCGUUGUCGGUAACUCCGUCCACGCGCUACGGAAGAACUACGCUAUUUUGGGGUUAAUCUCUUCUGCUUCCAAUAGCGAUUUUACCGACGAGGAUGAUGACGAUGAGGAUGAUGGGUUGGUGGUGGUGGUGGAUAGAGACCGGCGCAGCUGUGGGUCCAACGCUUCCAGUUCUAAUGGCUUAAUCGAACUUGGUUCACACCAGGAUUUGAGGAUGGUGAGGCGAAUUGGGGACGGGCCAGGGCGGAAGGGGAGCGGAGUUGAAAUGUGGUCGGCGGUGUUGUCUGGGAAAUCAGGGAGGUGUCGUCACCGUGUGGCGGUGAAGAAACUUGUGGUGAUUGGGGAAGAUACUGAUUUAGUUUGGGUACAGAAUGAGCUUGAUGAUUUGAGGCGAAAGUCGAUGUGGUGUAGAAAUGUUUGCAAGUUUCAUGGGGCAACGAAGGUGGAUGAGUGUCUUGCUCUGAUCAUGGAUAAAUGCAAUGGUUCUGUUGAGACAGAGAUGCAAAGAAACGAAGGGAGACUCACUCUUGAGCAAAUCCUGAGAUAUGGAGCAGAUAUUGCUCGUGGGGUGGCUGAACUCCAUGCAGCAGGUGUGGUUUGUAUGAACCUUAAACCAUCAAAUCUUCUUUUAGAUGAAGAAGGUCGUGCGGUUGUUUCCGAUUAUGCCCUUCCCGCCAUUUUAAAAAAACCAGCUUGCAGGAAAGCCCGUUUAGAGUGUGAUUCAUCAAGAACUCAUUCAUGCAUGGAUUGCACAAUGUUAAGCCCAAACUACACAGCUCCAGAAGCAUGGGAGCCUGUUAAAAAAUCUUUAAAUAUUUUUUGGGAUGAUGCCCUUGGUAUAUCACCAGAGUCAGAUGCAUGGAGUUUUGGGUGUACAUUAGUAGAAAUGUGCACCGGUUCUGUUCCGUGGGCUGGAUUAAAUGCUGAGGAAAUAUAUCGUGCAGUUGUUAAGGCGAAAAGACAACCUCCACAAUAUGCAAGUGUAGUAGGUGUUGGAAUACCAAGGGAUUUGUGGAAAAUGAUUGGUGAUUGUUUACAGUUUAAGGCACCUAAAAGACCGACUUUUAGUGCUAUGCUUGCAAUAUUUCUUAGGCAUUUACAAGAAAUACCUCGUGGGCCUCCUGCAAGCCCAGAUAGUGAUGUAAUUGUAUACCCGAAAGCAAAUGGGACGAUGCCACCUGUCUCUCCAACCAACUUAGAAGUUGUCCAUGAUUAUCGGACUCUUUUACAUACAAUGGUUUGUGAAGGGAAUGUUUCUGGUGUGAGUGAGUUGCUAUCAAAGGCUUCAUCAAAAAACGAUGGCAACACGUUUCGUUCUCUUCUAGAAGCUCAAAAUGCAGAGGGCCAAACUGCCCUCCACCUGGCAUGCAGACGUGGCAGUUCUGAACUUGUUGAGGCUAUUUUAAAUUAUCGAGAUGCCAAUGUGGAUGUACUUGAUAAAGAUGGGGACCCACCACUUGUGUUUGCUCUUGCAGCGGGGUCCCCAGAAUGUGUGCGUGCUCUUCUUAGUAGAUAUGCUAAUGUGAGGUCUAGAUUGAGGGAUGGAUUUGGUCCUUCAAUUGCUCAUGUUUGUGCAUAUCAUGGUCAACCAGAUUGCAUGCGUGAAUUGCUAGUGGCUGGAGCUGAUCCAAAUGCAGUUGAUGAUGAAGGUGAAUCUGUAUUGCAUAGAGCAGUGACAAAAAAGUACACAGAGUGUGCUCUUGUUAUAUUGGAAAAUGGGGGAUGUAAAUCCAUGGGUAUUUCAAACUCAAAGAAUCUCACGCCUCUGCAUUUAUGUGUGACAACAUGGAAUGUAGCUGUUGUUAAAAGAUGGAUUGAAGUUGCAUCAUCUGAAGAAAUUGCAGAAGCCAUUGAUGUACCUAGUCCUGUGGGGACCGCAUUGAGUAUGGCAGCUGCUUUGAAGAAAGACCAUGAAGCUAAUGGUAGAGAACUUGUGCAGAUUCUUCUUGCUGCUGGAGCUGAUGCUACUGCUCAAGACACUCAACAUGGACGUACAGCUCUGCAUACUGCUGCUAUGACUAAUGAUGUGGAGUUAGUUAAAAUUAUUCUUGAUGCUGGAGUUGAUGUGAACAUAAGGAAUGUGCAAAACACCAUUCCUUUACAUGUGGCAUUGGCAAGAGGAUCAAAAUCAUGUGUUGGAAUGCUUCUUUCUGCAGGAGCAAAUUGUAAUUUGCAGGAUGAUGAAGGAAACAAUGCUUUUCAUAUAGCUGCUGAUACAGCAAAGAUGAUACGUGAAAAUCUGGAGUGGAUCAUUGUUAUGCUUAAAUAUCCAGGGGCUGCUGUAGAAGUCAGGAAUCACAGUGGUAUGACACUACGUGACUUCUUGGAGGCCCUUCCUCGGGAAUGGAUUUCAGAGGAUUUGAUGGAGGCACUUGCAAACAAAGGAGUUCAUUUAUUUCCAACAAUAUACCAAGUAGGGGACUGGGUGAAAUUCAAAAGUACAGUAGCCACACCAACAUACGGGUGGCAAGGUGCAACACACAAAAGUGUUGGUUUUGUUCAAAGUGUCCCAGAUAAAGACAAUCUUUUUGUCUCAUUCUGUUCUGGUGAAGCCCGUGUACUUGCCAAUGAAGUUAUGAAAGUCAUCCCAUUGGACAGAGGCCAACAUGUCCAACUCAAACCAGAUGUCAGAGAACCAAGAUUUGGUUGGCGUGGGCAAUCGAGAGAGAGUAUUGGAACUGUUCUUUGUGUUGAUGAUGAUGGGAUUUUGCGGGUCGGGUUUCCUGGAGCAUCCAGAGGAUGGAAGGCCGACCCGGCAGAAAUGGAGCGGGUUGAGGAAUUUAAAGUUGGAGAUUGGGUUCGGGUCCGACCCGCUCUUACAACAGCUAAGCAUGGGUUAGGGUCGGUUACACCAGGAAGCAUUGGUAUUGUGUAUUGUAUUAGACCCGAUAAUAGUUUGUUGUUGGAACUCAGUUAUCUUCCAAAUCCAUGGCAUUGUGAACCCGAAGAAGUUGAACCCGUUGACCCAUUCAGGAUUGGUGAUCGUGUAUGUGUGAAGAGGUCAGUUGCAGAGCCUAGGCCCAUACCAUGGCAAGCUGAUCCUUCUGACAUGGAAAAAGUCGAGGACUUUAAGGUUGGAGAUUGGGUGAGAGUUAAGGCUUCAGUGUCCUCACCUAAAUACGGGUGGGAGGACAUAACCAGGAACAGUAUCGGCUUAAUCCACAGUUUAGAAGAAGAUGGUGACAUGGGAAUCGCCUUUUGCUUCAGAAGCAAACCCUUUUCAUGUUCAGUGACAGAUGUCGAAAAAGUAGCACCUUUCGAAUUAGGUCAAGAAAUUCAUAUAAUUUCUUCGGUCAACCAACCACGCCUCGGAUGGUCAAACGAAAGCCCCGCCACCGUGGGUAAAAUCGUCCGAAUCGACAUGGAUGGAGCUUUAAAUGCUAAAGUGGCUGGAAGACACGGGUUAUGGAAAGUAUCUCCCGGAGAUGCGGAAGUCCUUUCGGGAUUUGAAGUAGGCGAUUGGGUUCGAUCAAAACCGAGUGUAGGAACUCGACCUAGUUACGAUUGGUAUAGCAUUGGAAAAGAAAGUUUAGCAGUUGUUCAUAGUGUACAAGACACGGGUUAUCUAGAAUUAGCUUGUUGUUUCCGUAAAGGCAAAUGGAUGACUCACCACACGGACAUCGAAAAAGUCCUCGGGUUCAAAAUCGGGCAGCAUGUGAGAUUCCGGGCAGGGCUAGAAGAACCGCGUUGGGGUUGGCGAGGUGCGCAGCCCAACUCCCGCGGCGUUAUCAUCAACGUGAACGCGGAUGGCGAAGUACGCGUCGCGUUUUCCGGGCUGCCCGGAUUGUGGAGAGGCGACCCGGCGGAUUUGGAAAUAGAAAAAACUUUUGAAGUUGGAGAGUGGGUUCAAAUGAGUGAAACCGCAAGUGUUUGGAAAUCAAUCGGGCCGGGUAGUAUCGGGAUUGUACAAGGGAUCGUAUACGAAUCGGAUGAAUGGGCCGGGAAUAUUUCGGUAGGGUUUUGCGGGGAGCAAGACCAAUGGGUCGGCCCGUGUACGGAUCUCGAACGGGUCGAGAAGCUCACGAACGGGCAACGGGUUCGGGUGAAACCGUCGGUGAAACAACCGCGGUUCGGGUGGUCGGGUCAUACGCAUUCCAGCAUCGGGGUGAUUUCUGGUAUUGAUUCGGAUGGGAAGCUAAGGAUGUAUACCCCCGCGGGUUCAAAGUCAUGGAUGCUUGACCCGUUUGAAGUGGAAGUGGUUGAAGAAGAGGAGCUCCAUAUCGGGGACUGGGUCCGGGUCAAACCGUCUGUGACCUCCCCGGUUCACCAUUGGGGGGAGGUGACUCAUUCCAGCAUCGGGGUGGUGCACCGGAUGGAGGAGGGUGAUGUUUGGGUGGCGUUUUGUUUCUUGGAGCGGUUGUGGUUGUGUAAGGCGGGGGAAGUGGAGAGGAUCCGGCGGUUCGUGGUGGGGGACAGGGUGCGGAUCAAGAAGGGUUUGGUUAGCCCGCGGUGGGGGUGGGGGAUGGAGACGCAUGCGAGUAGAGGUCAGGUGGUGGGGGUGGAUGCGAAUGGGAAGUUAAGGAUUAAGUUUCAAUGGCGGGAAGGGAAGCCGUGGAUUGGUGAUCCGGCUGAUAUCGAACUUGAUGAUUGUGAAAAUGGGUUGCCAGCUGGCCGGAUUUUGUAGGUGUCAGGUGGUGGUUUAAAAAAAAUAUAUAUAUAAUAUGAGAUCGAUUUAGAAAAUGGGUGGUGAUGACGGUGGUAAGGGUAUUUAGGUAAAUAGUCUCUAUAUAUAUAUAUAUAUAUAUAUAUAUAU